GCCGAUAACCAGCUGCUGGAAUUCGCCAGAGAACAUGAGGACGAAGAGGAAUCAGUGACCACAACGUCAGGGAACCCGAACCCAUUCCAAAAUGCCACCCUAACAGUGGGUCCAAAGGGCCCAAUUUUAUUGCAGGACUGGUUUUACAUUGAUGAAAUGUCCCACUUUGAUCGUGAACGCAUCCCUGAACGGGUGGUGCACGCCAAGGGUGCCGGGGCGUUCGGGUACUUCGAAGUGACCCACGACAUCACCCAGUACACUGCUGCGAAGGUGUUCUCUGAAAUAGGCAAGAAGACACCUCUGGCUGUCAGGUUCUCUCAAGUGGCAGGUGAGAUGGGUUAUCCGGACACUGUAAGGGACAUAAGAGGGUUCGCCGUCAAGUUUUACACUGAGGACGGAAUAUGGGACCUUGUAGGCAACAAUACACCGAUAUUUUUCAUCAAGGACGCCGCCCUUUUUCCUAGUUUCAUUCACAUUCUCAAAAGGAACCCUGUGACGCACCUACGUGACCCAGACAUGUUUUGGGACAUGAUAACCUUGCGUGCCGAGACCACACACCAGUCCAUGAUAUUCUUUUCCGACAGGGGGAUCCCCUACACUUACCGCAACAUGCACGGCUAUGGUUCUGACACUUUUGCCUUUGUUAAUAAGUUUGGCAAGUUUUUCUACUGCAAGUUCCACUAUCUAACCAACCAAGGAAUACAGGGUCUGACGGCGGCCCAGGCAACCAGGAUAGCAGGAGAGGACCCAGAUUGGUACAUCAGAGACCUGUACAACGCAAUAGCUAAAGGCGACUACCCCUCCUGGGACUUCUACAUCCAAAUAAUGACCCCCGAACAAGCAGCCACCAACACCUACGACCCCUUCGACGUAACCAAAGUGUGGCUGCACGCCGACUACCCUUUGAUACCAGUGGGACGGAUAGUCCUGAACAGGAACCCCAAGAAUUACUUCGCCGAAGUGGAACAGAUGGGCUUCGACCCGGCUCAUUUGAUACCGGGAAUUGAGCCGAGUCCCGAUAGGAUGUUGCAGGGGAGGCUGUUCGCCUACGGCGACACCCACAGACACCGCUUGGGGCCCAACAGCCUCCAGUUGCCGGUCAACAGUCCGUUCAAGUUCCACACGUACACCAGAGACGGCUACGGCACCAUCAACAGCCAAGGUGGCGCCCCCAACUACCACCCCAACAGUUUCAGGGGCCCCGUCUCAGAUAAAAGGGCCAACGCUUUGUCCCCGGCCAUUCCUUUAGUGGGGGUUGCCGACAGGACGGACAACGCUCAGGACGACACCAAUUAUAUUCAGGCCAGGCUGUUGUGGGACAGGGUGCUCAAGCCGGACGAGAAGGCGAGGACGAUUGACAAUAUCGUGAUGAUGUUGAAGUUGGCGAACAACGUGCUGCAGCACAGGGCUAUUAAUAACUUCUCGAACGUCGAUCCGGAACUGGGACGCGUGCUGAGGGAGAAGCUUCAGAAAAUUCAGACGCACGCCGACUUGUAAACUUUGCCGGAACGUUUUUAUGUUAUUAUCUUAUGUUUACUCUGUUAUGUUUUUAAUUUUUCAUUAAUAUAUUUGUAAUUAAUAUAAAUUAUGCAGAUGAAAUUGAGUUAUUUAUAUUCUUUUUUGGUGUAUUCAUUAAUUUACUUGAUGAGAACACGUUCCCUUCAAUUAUGGAUGAAGAAAAUCUUUGUCUUUAACCAUAUUCAAUGAUAAAAGUAUCAAAAUAAUAUUUAAAUAU